CAGUCGGUCUCAGGUCUCCGUCCGCGCCGCCGCCGCCGCCGCCGCCGCCGCCACGGCUCGUGCCGAGCUAUCAGCUGACUGGGGACGGUGGUGCAUAGGACCACCCCUGGACGGACUCGGCCAUGGAUGGAACGAGGGGUGACCGGGUCACCGCCGUGCUGGCGGCUGCCGUAGCGGCUCUUUGUCUGUCUGCAUCAGGUGUAGCCGGCAGCCUCAACAUUCCAUCAACAGCGGUUACCACUUUCCGCACCCCUCCCGGCGCGCACUCAGCCCAGCUCCUCCCUGCCUCUGUCGACUCUCUCCUGGCCGACCCGGUACCGGCGGCAGCUCCCAACGCCUCCUCUCCCUACUUUCCUCCGGACUCGCCCUCUGCCCCGUCCGGCCGGUCGCAGGACGGCGCCACCCCGGUGGACUCGCUGACCCCUGCCGAGUACGAGGCUCUGCUGAGGUCAGUCAGUGACCUUGACCCCGGAUCGGGUCGUGCACUGAGCGCCAUCAGCUCGGGCGCCACGGCCAGCGAACUGCGCUGGAUGCUGGUGACCCACUCGCGCCGGAAGCGUAACGUGGUCCAGCUGGGUGACAUGAUGAAGUGCGCCACCGGCUGCAGCCCCAUCGCCUACAAGGGCUACGGCUGCUACUGUGGCUUCCUCGGGUCGGGGAAGAUCAUUGACGGCAUCGACCACUGCUGCUACGAGCACGACUGGUGCUAUUGGCGGGCUCGUUCCUGCUUCACUGACCCGUUUGGCGUGUCGUUUUACGUGUCUCGCUACAAAUGGUCGUGCCAAGACGGCAAGCCGCAGUGUGGUGUUGCUAUUACCACGACAGGUGCUAUCAGCGCAGCUCGUGUCCCAGUCUGCUGCAGUAUUUCGCCCAGUACCCCUGGUUCUGCGCUAACGAAACACCCGUCUGCUACGCGGUCGGCACGGGCAGCGCGUGCGCCCGAGAGCUGUGCGAGUGUGACCGCCAGUUCGCCAAGUGUCUGCGCCACUUCCCCUGUCCACAAAGCCGCCCGGUGUGCACCAGUUCGCCGCUGAGACACUGGCAGAACCUCUUCCUCGGCAUGAGGAAGCCGGACAGCAAGGAGCACUACCCCAUUCGCAUACGUCCCGCCUACAAGUUGCGUCAGUGAGAGCGGGCUGGGCGCCAUUGGUUUCAGACCAUGGAUGACGCGUGAGCCAUCCGUCAACGCAUUCUUUGCUUCGUGAAAGUGUAUGCGAAGGGGAUGCUGAGCGGGCUCAUCGAAGCAGCAGCUGGAACUGUUGGGAUGAUCAGUCCUCAUAGUGCCAGAAGUAAAGACUGCCACGAUGGACAACUUUUGGCUCACUCGAGUGAGACAUUGGUGCAUUUGCUUAGCUUAGCUUGCCUAGCUUCAGUGCAUGAUGAUUGCCUGUUCGUUCUGCGAAAUGAUGUCACUGUUUGCCAGUGUCCCGCCGGUUGCCAUGUAAUGCUAUACCUGCCAGAGCAAGUAGCUCGGGAAGUGAGGUGGCCGCCCCACCGAAGACGGUGCAAACGCCGUAUGCAGCCACCUCGUCCUAAAGAAAUCCAGUCCCUAAAAUCGCAUCAUAGUUCAUUUGUCUAAUGUCAAAUCGAACGCAGGAAUAAGUAAGGCUUGACAUUCUCGUCUUACCUUUCGUUUGAAAUGGAAGUCUUUUAAAAAAGCAGAAGGUAGACCUGUUUUGUUACACUCCAACAUCUUACGUUUGUUGCUUUUAUCGAAAGUCGGCAUGAAUGAUACUGUAUCGUAAGCAGAAUCGUAGCCAUCGAAGGCCGCCGUUGUUGACACCUGCUCAACCCCCAUGCAUUGCCAGCCCGUGUCUGUAGUCAGUUGUCCCGCGGUUGCGUUUGCUUGUAAAUAUGCCGGUUAGGUACGAUCAAACCGUGCCAUUCUUGUCAAUGUUGAGUCAUUGCCAUGUUGAAUCGGGUGUCAACUUGGAGAUAUCAAACGCUUAAUACUCACUAGGACAGACAAUGUAGCGGCCACUAGCUCAAGCGUAUAAUAAUGCGCAUUUGUCCUAAACGUGUGUGUGUCUUUUGUAUGUCAAAAUAUGUCAAACAAGUGCGUCGAAGUUUAGGUAUCACAAAUGUGUCGUUGAAGUAGCCUGUUUUGUCCUGUUAAUUGUUUUGCUGUCGAUAACUGCGCUCGCUGUAGAGGAAGUAGAUGAGUGAUGAACGCAUUAUCAGCGAUUUAGGCGAUGGCUGUCACAUUGUAAGCGUGUGCAGUAUGAAGUCGAGGAUGUCAGGCUCGGAUGAGUGCUAUGAGAAUUGCUUGUUUGUAACGGCGUGAUAAGUGCCGUCCCACCACGUCUUUCAAGGGCCGCGAUGGACGAAAUUGUCCGCGAAAGCUACAGCACAAUAACGAGCAAUGGUACACGUGUGUUUUCAUUAAAAAUGCCGUGAAUACUGAAUAUGAUGAAAAUAACAUCUUGUAACAUGCCAACUGCUCUUCAGAUUUUAAAAUUAUUAUGAAUGCAUCUAGAAAUUUCUCAUUUCAUUUUGUUCUUCACAAGUUUCGGCCGGCAUUGUCCUCGAAAUGCAUUCAAGUGUGUCACUUCUGCGUUCGGAUGCGUUCGACAGGGUGACUUCCAAGUGAGGCAAGCGGCCCCGACAGUACAAACCGAACAGCCGACACGCCCAAUGCUCAUGUCUGAAUGCGUGUGUGUAGAUAGCUGCUUGCAGAGAGAAGAGGCCACUAAAUACAGCUAUCCGAAACUGUA